GUUUUUCAAAUGUGGGCGGUGCUUCCGGUGGUUGAAACGCCGGAAAAACUGGUAGUUGUCAAAUGCUUAUGGUUUUUCUAUUUUUUAUUUUUAUAUUGAGUUCCAAUUAAUUUUGCUUUGCUGUGUAGAAAUUUAGCUGGUAAAAUGCUUUCUAUGGACUUCCUCGAUGACGUGAGGCGGAUGAAUAAACGCCAGCUGUACUAUCAGGUACUGAACUUUGGCAUGAUUGUAUCCUCAGCCCUAAUGAUUUGGAAAGGACUGAUGGUUGUGACUGGUAGUGAGAGUCCAAUUGUGGUAGUACUAAGUGGGAGUAUGGAGCCCGCAUUCCACCGGGGAGACCUGCUCUUCCUGACCAACCGAGUGGAAGAUCCCAUCAGAGUUGGAGAGAUUGUGGUCUUCAGGAUAGAGGGAAGAGAAAUCCCAAUUGUGCACAGAGUCCUUAAAAUUCAUGAAAAAGAAAAUGGAGAUAUCAAGUUCUUAACCAAGGGUGACAAUAAUGCCGUGGACGACAGAGGGCUGUACAAGCAGGGCCAGCACUGGCUGGAGAAGAAGGAUGUGGUGGGGAGAGCAAGAGGGUUUGUGCCAUACAUAGGCAUUGUUACAAUUCUGAUGAACGACUAUCCAAAAUUCAAGUAUGCCGUUCUGUUCCUGCUUGGCCUCUUUGUAUUGGUCCAUCGCGAGUGAAGGUGGCUCCAUGUCAGCGAAUCCCCAGUGGAGCUCACUCCAAACUCCUCCCAUUCAGGAAAGGCUCACUUCUGAUACGACCAUUAAACUGCUGUUAGAACUGGACCUGCACCUAGGAUUUAUGGGGAAAAUUGGAGUGGAACUUUUGCAUAUUUUGCAAGACCCAAGCUUUAAUAAUAGUUGUUUAUUUCUAAAAUUGGGAUACCAGUUUUCGCAAUAAAGAUGGGUUCUGUAACUCA